AUGGUCCUCCACUCAGACUACGUCUCGUCAGACUUGCGCUUUCAGGUGAAGUACGAGGGCCGGCACGUGGCCGACAACCAGGUUACGGCCCACGGUUAUGCGGACAUGAUCGGGCCGCUUGAUGCGGGCACCUACCAGCUUUUGAUGUACUACAUCGCAGGUGCCGGAUCGCCCACGGCCUUCCAGCUCUGUAGCAACUCGUUAGUCGACCUCCGCCUCAUCUCGAAAGCGACGUACGCCAACAAGACUGAAGAGUGGAUGUGCACGUCGAGCCGUGUUCCUCUGCCUGACACCCUGUCGCCCCAGCGCGAUGAGCAGGUCUUGGUGGACUCAGAGUACUUGGUUCCACCGCAGGGCCGUCAGGGCAUCACUCUCAAGGUAGAAGACGUUCGUCUUCUCCGUGUGAAGGCUACGUCAACGGAUGCCAGCUUUAGCAUCAAGGUCAAGAACACCGACACCAACGCGAUCCUGUCCAGGAACCAGGAUGGCAUAGAGCUUGCGAUUGAUCCGGGGACAUACAUCGUCACGCUGUCCAUGCGCUCCAACAAUGGCAAACCGCUGGCUGCUUGUUCCACGUUCUCGUUGAACCUGAUGCUGAUCCAGCGGAAGCUGCUGCCCGUUUGCCCAUGGGCCCCGGGCUCCUCGGAUCAAUCUGCGGUGGCGGAAGCACAGCGACAAGCCAGUGAUCACAUCGGCAAUGUCCUGACCGACCUCGUGGCACAAAAGAUUUCUAAAGAGGUGCAGGAGCACAAGCCAGUGACACUCUGGAUGUCUCAAGGCAUGUCGAAGACGGUGGAGCUUUCCCUGGACACCUCUGCCGCGGUGAGAAUUGACGUCUCCGUGCAGCCGCCGUUCCUGCCCCUGGAAGUGGAACUCAGGAAGAAGAGAGCCAUGGAAAAGCUCGAAGCGCCGGUGGCAACUGCCCAAUGGACUGAGCAUCGGCUGCUGCUAAUGUACAGCGACCUGCCCCCGGGCGAGUACCAGGUGAAGUUCUUUCAGCCCAGAGAUUACAUGGCUUUCUCUGACCAAGCGAAGCAGGACCUCUCAGAUCUCUGUGCGCACCUCACCAUCUCUGCCGAGGUCGGUGCUUCCUCCAAGGAAGCAGUGAACUCCAUGCGUUCCGAGCUCUUGGACUUGCCAGAUUUGUUGGCGGUGCAGCCUCUUCCUUCCAGCAUGAACCUGGUUGGCUGGCUGUCCGGCACAUCCACAGUGGGAACGCAGGUGUACAGGUUCAAGGAGGAUGUGAACAAAGCCACGCUGAAGCUGGAGGAGAAGGCAGUCCUUCGGAUCGUGAGCGAACCGGCGGACCUUUCCAACGCAGAUAUCCAUGUCAACCUGGAGCAGAACGGCAAGCAGCUAGCAACAUCCGACCAACUCGGGCAACUCGUGGCGGAGCUGGAUAAGGGAAGCUAUGACCUGUCUUUGGCACCCAAGGCGCAAGCUCCCUUCCUGGUCACUCUCGGCAUGGCGUACGAAUCCAGGUUGCGAGCGGAUCUUGCGGACGUGGGAAGGCAAUGCACCGACUCUAUCCCGGACCUUACCACGGGAGUCAACUUCAAGGCACCCGCGUGGUCCAUUGGCCCAGUGUUCCUCAGGCUUGGUGGCAGCUACCUUGCCAUGCAGGGGAGGCUGAUCAAGGUGCCAAUCUCACUUACGGUUUCCUCUGUCGUCUACCUGGAGGCCGGUUCUUCAUUGCCCUUGGAUUUGGUGCGAAUCGCUCUGCAGGUUCCAGAAGGUCUUUGGGUGGGUGAACAGCGCGGGUUACGGAACUCUUUAGAGAUCGAGCUACCGGCGGGCAAGUACUCUGUGGAAGUCUCACAGCCGAAGCCAUCGCACCUGGUAGACGACAUCCAGCGGUGUCUAGACUUCAGCGUUCACGUCCGCGCCACGCCCGUCAACCCGGCCGCGCUCGAGCAGUCAAACAAGGGCAAGACGGGUGAAGAAGAGCUAGGAACUCAAGAUGAGGCGGCGGUACAGACUGCCUCCUGCUUCUCUAUGGGUACCGUGGCUCUGCCACUCGACCUCUCAGACCCACAGGGAGGCUCGGUGUCUCUCGGUGGCCCAGUGAAGGAUGGCAGGCUUUUGAUCCGAAGCAACGUCUUCCUGACGGACAUGCACGACGGUCGCAAGAAGGUCUUCUUGGUCACUAAGGAGCAGCCUCUGCAGUUGAAGUUGGGUGUGCUCCUGGGAGGGUACUCGCGCUUUGCGCAGCAGGUGUCUUUCACAGUCACCGAUGUGGCUGGCAAUGCGCCUGUCACCCAGACAGAGAGCUGGACACUGGAGGAUGGCUGGGAGAGGAUCUACAAGUUGAAGCCGCAGUCGCAGUACUGGCUGACCUGGCAUCAUGCGCAUCGUGAGAGGACUGAGUCAGCCUGCCUCCACUUUGGCCUGAUGCUCCAGAUCCACCCAACCACGGACUUGUCCAGGAUGAUGUCCUGCACAAGCAGUGGCUCGAGACCUGAGGACAUGUUCCCCGAGUCUCUGGACCUCACCUCGAGUUCGGUGUUCCGGUACAGCAAGCCUAUGAGGUUCCUGUCGCAGGUACAGCGAGGCUUCCUCACGAACACCCGAAUUGAGCUCUCCGUUGCCUCCUGGGUCGGUGUUGAGGUCGGCUACAACUUCAUGAUCUCGCACGCCGAGAUGGACUUCGUGAGGGCCCAG